CAUAGUAUACGAGGUUUACCUGUAUUUUAAAUGGUCUUGGCUAUAGCAUACAUACUUAUUAUAUAUAGAGAAAAGCUGGCUUAUAUAUUUACCACACAUACUUCUGGCGUUCAUAGGUUCAGUUAGUGAAUAUACUACAAAAUGGAUUUAACCAAAGUAUUGAUGAGUGUUGUUUUGUUGUCGAUAUAUGUUGUAGUUGUAACUGGUUGUGGCCGACUGAAGUGCUACAAAUGUAACUCCCAGGACUCACCAUCUACCUGUGGUGAAGAUAAUUUUAACGCGGAUGUUCACAAGGACGAUACUACUAGCGGAAGUACCAGUGAUAUUACAGGAGGAACCAGCUGUGUCCGUGGCUGGGCAGUAAACGAUAAAGGAACAUAUUACUUCCGGGACAAAUCAAACGAGUUUGAGCAUGAUGGAUGCGAGACGCCUCAGAAAUGUUUCUGCAGCAACGACUUGUGCAAUUCUAAAGCCUCAAGACCGGUUUCGAUGGCGACGACUGUUGCAACAACUCUCGUCUGCUCUUUUCUCGGAAGUGUGCUUAUCCAAAAGAUUUUCAUGUAGCUUAUGAUAAGAUCUGAGUAUUAUUUCAUUGAAUCAUCACAUGACCAAUUUAUUAGUUAUCCGGUUUUUUUGUCGUAUGGCGCUAGACUGACAACAGCGCACAUCUUAUGCACCAUAAUAUGACCAAACAAAAUGGCGAAAAAUGUUCGAUGAUCAUGAUUCAUGACGUCGUUUAAACGUUUCAACAACGACGGAAAAUCUUACUCUUUCUGAUUCUUACACGUGUAAAACACCAAAACAACAACAAAACAAACGAAAUGCUGCUGAUGUAAAAGGAAAAGAAUUAAUGCUGAAUAUACAUAUCAAUUUACCGUUAAUCUUCAGGAAAAUAAAGCUUUGAAACGAUAAUGAUGAGUUAUCGGAAUAUAAGAAAUACUGCAGAAUGAGGAACUACUUUUUAUGGCGGUUUUAUCCGGAAGUGGGUGUUGUUCAGCAAAGUCGUUUGUCGGACGAUUGUGGGAAAUGUAGUUAUAACUAUGUAUACAUUGCAAGCAAUAUAUACAAGGAUCAUCACAGUUAUUGUUCGAGAUAAUAAAAUAAAUAACACAUGGGUUUGUGAGUAACACUAAAAAAAAUAUUCCUCGAAAAAAUACUUUUACCCGAGACUAACGUCUCGGAUAAUAUCUUCAUGUCUAGAAUUGAUGUACGCAGACUGUAUUUCUAUUUUAUUUAUGAACUUACAAAAAUACCACACACAAUACCAGUAAAUAUAUUAUUAUAUAUGUGAUUUUAAUACUCGUAUUAGAAUAAAGUACAAGAUGGUUAUUUAUUAUCCACUCCCUAAUUGUGUAUAUUGUUUAUGCUGUAGAUUCUAAUAUUGUUACCAUAAUAAAACUCAUUUAUGCAUGUUAAAUUAAUACAUUAAAUUGUUAUUAUAUGUUAAUUUAUUCAUUCUAUUGACCUUUGCCUUAUUGAAUAACAAAUCAAACUGUGUAA